GCCGUCAGUGACAAGAUGGCGGCGGCGGCGGCGCGGCGGGCGCAGCUGGUGCUGGGGCACCUCUCGGGGGCCGCCCCGGGCCCCGCGGCCGCCCCGACGGCUGUGCCCUGCGCCGGGGUCCCCCCGCGGGCCGCCAGCCCCGACGACGUGGUGGUGGUGCACGGCCGCAGGACCGCCAUCGGCCGCGCCAAGCGCGGCGGCUUCAAGGACACGACACCCGACGAGCUGCUGGCUGCCGUGAUGAGAGCUGUCCUCCAGGAUGUCAACCUCCGUCCUGAGGCCCUGGGAGACAUCUGUGUGGGGAACGUGCUGCAGCCUGGAGCUGGUGCCUUGAUUGCAAGAGUUGCACAGUUUCUGAGUGGUAUUCCAGAGACAGUUCCGUGCUCCAGUGUGAACCGGCAGUGCUCCUCAGGUCUACAGGCCAUUAUCAAUAUAGCUGGUGGCAUCCGAAAUGGAUCAUAUGACAUUGGCUUGGCCUGUGGUGUGGAAACAAUGUCCCUCAGAAGUGCAAAUAAUCCUGGUGAUAUCAGUUCCAGCAUGAUGGACAACAGCAAAGCUCGAGACUGCCUUAUUCCUAUGGGAAUAACCUCAGAAAAUGUGGCGGAGAAGUUCGGGGUUUCCCGGAAGAAGCAAGACGCCUUUGCCUUGGCUUCCCAGCAGAAAGCAGCAAAAGCUCAGCAGAUGGGACUGUUUAAAACUGAGAUUGUUCCAGUGAAGACCACUGUUGUAGAUGAUCAGGGCAACCAAAAAACAAUCACAGUGAACCAAGAUGAAGGGAUUAGGCCCUCCACAACCCUGGAAGGCUUGGCCAAGCUGAGACCUGCCUUCAAAGAGGACGGAAGCACUACAGCAGGUAAUGCCAGCCAGGUCAGCGAUGGAGCAGCUGCUGUUCUCCUGGCAAAACGCUCGAAGGCAGCUCAGCUGGGACUCCCAGUCCUGGGGGUGCUCCGGUCCUUCGCUGUGGUGGGGGUCCCACCUGAUGUGAUGGGCAUUGGGCCAGCUUAUGCCAUCCCUGUUGCUGUGGAAAAGGCAGGUCUGACUCUGAAUGACAUUGAUGUAUUUGAAAUUAAUGAAGCCUUUGCAAGCCAGGCUGUGUACUGUGUUGAAAAGCUGGGCAUUCCCAUGGAGAAGGUGAACCCCCUGGGAGGAGCGAUAGCACUGGGGCACCCCCUGGGCUGUACUGGUGCUCGCCAGGUCGUCACUUUGCUCAAUGAGCUGAAGCGCAGAGGGAAGAGGGCCUAUGGAAUUGUGUCCAUGUGCAUUGGAACUGGCAUGGGUGCUGCAGCUGUGUUCGAGUACCCAGGGAAGUAACUCCAGUACUGACAGAACAACACAACAGCUCGUUCUUUGCCUUCCCUAGUGAUAGCAAAUGAUUUGCACUGUGAAAUCAAGUGAGAUUCGUUACUAGAUUUACAAAUUCUAGGCAGAAAUUGUGAAGUAGAAUUAAUGGAACAGCUCUGCUAAGGAGGUGGGGAAAUGCAAAACUAGCCCAUGGCUUCCAGACGUGAGAAAUUAGCUCAGCUGAAGUUCAACUACAGGCCCUGGUCUGCUGAUUAUGAAUUAAUAUUUUUAAAUUAAUCGAUCUCUUUAUUCUGUGAAUAUUAUCAAAGAGAAGUAGUUCACAGGACAGUAUUUUUGUAUGGCAAAUUGUCUAAAAGGGUCACUCAAAAUGAAAACAUCAGUGCACAUGAAAAGGCUUUUCCAGGUGGUUUUUCUUUUUUUUAAGAUUUAACCAUUUUUCAAGAAGUUUAAAACAGCUUGUUUUGAAGCAAAGACUUCAGAUUUCCUUUACAACUGUGUCUGUCAUAUCCAAGUCCUAAGUUGUCUGUGUCUGACACUGUCCCUACACUGGAGGAUGUGCUGUAGCUCGCUGCUGUUGGAGUUGCUCUGAAGCCUCCAGUGGGGGAAAGUGGAAGGACUGGAAUGUAAUCUCCAAGGAAGUGCCUGAAUAAAAGGUUCUGUUGGAUUGCUAGAAGCCAGGAAUUUGGAAGUGGCCAUUCCAUCUUUUACAACAUGUCUAAUUAUCUGUUUGUGUGACUCUAUGGAUAAGCUUGUGCUUAAUCUUAUUUACUUACCUAACAUAAAGCAAAUUUCAGCAUUACACUUACUGCAAGCACUAUAUGAACAUCAGUGACAGCUCAGUCCUUCAGCACUAACACAAAUGUGUGUUAGAUCUUUUGUCUUCUGUCAUCCCUUACCUGUUCUCUCUCAUCUGAACAGGAAGAUCACUGAAGCUCAGAGUCAAUGGCUUGAAAAAGAAAUGUACUUAUUGACUUUGAUGUGUUAGAAAUGUUUAAAUUUGUAACAAACAGAAGUUCUUUGUCCUGAUUCUUGUUUUUGCACUUAAUAAUACAAUUGGGUUCUUGCAAUA